AUGGCGAGGAGCUUCAGUGAAGUUAUGGCGGCUAGUACUAUUCAUGAGGAAACUCACUGCGGCGAGGGAACAUAUGACUGGCAGCAACUUCGUGGCGAGCAAACGUUCACAGUGACAAAAGACCACGACGAGUUAGAUGACGACUCAUGUUCACCUCUUUUGCUCACGGUCACCAUGGGAGUUCGUACAAAAACAUGCUUGGUGGCGAGGAACACCGUGACGCUGGGCGAAGAGAGAGCAGCGAGGAACACUGUGACAGCUACAGAAAAGGCGAGAGGGAAACGGCAAGAAGAUCACAGUUGUGCUUCGUAUGCGGUUGGUGGGAGGUGGUCGCCCUGCAAGCUCACGGACACCAGUGUGUGGGCCUCCGGAACUAAGAGAAACAGUACUACAACUCGAAUUGUCAUCGUCGUUGUGCCCACUCUUGUUGGUAUCAUACUGGUCAUCAGUAUUAUUUAUGCAUUUUUAAGAGUGAGGAAGCGCAAGGAUCAUUUUGAAACCAUGGAUGAAAUGGGAAACGAGGAAUCCUUGCAAUUCGAUUUCGACGUUAUUAGAGCUGCCACAUGCGAAUUUUCUGAUGCAAAUAAGGUUGGAAAAGGUGGAUUUGGGCCCGUUUAUGAGGGUAAGCUUCCCAAUGGACAAGAGAAAGCAGUAAAAAGACUUUCGAGAACCUCAGGACAAGGAAAUUUGGAAUUCACGAAUGAGGUUGUAUUAGUGGCCAAGCUCCAACACCGAAAUCUAGUAAGGCUCCUUGGAUUUUGCUUGGAAGGGAAUGAACGACUUCUUGUGUAUGAGUUCGUACCUAACAGCAGCCUUGAUCGCUACAUAUUUGAUAUAGAAAUGAAUCCUAAGAUUUCAGAUUUCGGCAUGGCAAGGAUGUGUGUAUUGGAUCAGACUGAAGGCAGUACAAACAGAAUUGUGGGGACCUAUGGAUAUAUGGCACCGGAAUAUGCAAUGCUUGGGCGAUUCUCGGUCAAGUCAGAUGUCUUUAGUUUUGGUGUGCUGAUGCUGGAGCUCGUAAGUGGUCAAAAAAUUACUUCUUUCCGUGAAGGGGAGAACAUAGAGUGCCUUCUAAGCUAUGCUUGGAAAAACUGGAGAGAGGGGACAGCUGCGAAUCUCAUAGAUCUCACAUUGAGGAGUGCUCCACUGAGCGAAAUCAUACGAUGUAUUCACAUUGGAUUGUUGUGUGUUCAAGCAAAUAUUGCCGACAGACUAGACAUGGCUACAGUUGUUCUCUUGCUUAAUAGCAAUUCCAUUGCUCUCCCUUUGCCCACACAGCCCGCAAGUUCUAUGCAAAAUGGGGUUCCAUUAGCCACAUCAAUGAAACUGGACACUGAUUGCAGGCCAGUGAGUCAGUACGAGGUUUCGAUUACGGAGUUAGAUCCUAGGUAGUGUUUUGUGGGUGUGGCCACGGUGUACGUGUUUUGUGCAAAUUUCACUUGCUAUUAUAUAUGAUUCAUUUGAUGCUUUAAGGUUGUAGUCUUCUCCGACUCUUGAUUCAAUAGCUAUGAUUCAUCUGAUGUGCUUGCACCAAGAACCUAAAUCCAACCAAUAUACAAAGAAUUACCAAGUCAAAA